AUGUCGCUCUCCUUCCGGCUGCUGGACUGCACCUUCGCCAAGCCCUGCCAGUACUUCAUCAGCCUCCAGCUCGACGACCACAAGAAGCGGCUGCGGACCAAGGUCUCCGACGAGACGGCGAAGCCGGCCUUCGACCAGGUCUUCGACCUCGGCGACUUCGAGGAGGACUUCGCGGAGCUGACGGGCGCGACGCGGCGGCUCACGCUCGACGCCUUCGUCGUGCUCGGCCGCGAGGGCGCGUCGUCGACGCACCAGCUCCUCGGGACCGCGUCCGUGGCGCUGCCGGCGGCGCCGGCGUCGCCGGGGGCGUCGCCCCCCCGCGUCGAGCACCACAACCUCACGUUCACGCGCAAGGAGACGAAGACGAACGGCGAGAUCCCCGUCGGCCGCUUCCGCCUCGAGAUCGCCGUCGGCGCGGCCGGCGCCGCGGCGCCGCCGGGCGCCGCGGCCGGCGCCGCGGCCGCGGCCGCGACGCCGCGCCUCGGCGCGGACCGCGCCCAGGUCGUCGUCCACGCGCGGAGCGCGGCCUUCGCCGGCGCCGCGGGCCUCGCGGGCCCCGUCGCGCUCCGGUGCCGCGUCGACGGCGGCGGCGGCGGCGGCGCCGGCGCCGGCGUCGCGGCGACGCGGCCCGCGGCGCUCGCCGGGCCCGACGGCGCCGCGUCCUGGAACGAGAUCGUCGUCCUCGAGGCGCCGCGCGAGCCCCGCGACGGCGAGGCCCUCGUCCUCGAACUCGUCGACGGCGCCGGCGCGGUCCUCGGCGCCGCGGCCGCGCCGCUCGCCGCGCUCGCGCCCUUCAACGGCUACACCUUCGAGGCGCCCGUCGCUCUAGGAACGGGCACGGCGACGCUCUUCGCGACGGCGACGGCCCACGACCCCGCGCCGCCCUUCGCGCACGCCGUCGUCGUGUCCGCGCCGGAGCUCGCGUUCGCCGCCGGCGCCGCGCCGCCCGGCGCCGUGGUCGCCGUCGUCCAGCUCGCCGACGCCGACGCCGCCGAGGCAUUGGUACACAACACCAACACGCCCUUCCCGACGGCGGCGCCGCCGGGCGCGCCGGGCGCGCCGCCCUUCGCGCACCGCAAGCCCACGCUCUCCGCGCCGGUGGAGGACGGCCGGGCCGCGUGGGACGACCGCGUCGUCUUCCCCGUGGGGGCGUUGGACGGCGCGGCGCCGGUCCACGGCGACCUCGCGACCUACCCGGCGGCGCUCGACCGCGCCGCGGCCGUCGUCGAGUUCUACGGCGCGGACGCGGGCGCGGCGGGCCCGCCGCGGCGCUUCCUCGGCGCGUGCGCGCUGCCCGUCGCGCGCGCGGGCGCGCCCGCGCGCGCGGCCGUCGUCGGCCCCGACGGCGCGCGCGUCGGCGCCUUCGCCGCGCGCGUCGACGUCGAGACGCGCGAGGGCCUCGGCGAGCGCGCCGGCAAGGAAACGCCGCGGACGGCGGCGACGCCGCCGGUCGCGGCGGCCGCGCGGCGCGCGGCGACGCCCGACGCGGCGCUGUCGACGUCGACGGACUGGGAGCCCCCGCCGGGCCCGCGGAGCGGCGACGGCGCGCCGGACGCGCGCGCGCGCGCGCUCGCCGACGACGUCGCGCAGAAGCAGCUCGCGAUCCAGCGCCUCGUCGGCGAGCUCGAGGCGCGCGGCGCGGCGCUCCGGACCUGCGGCGGCGAGAUCGACGCGCUGCGGCGCCGCGGCGCGGCCCUCGAGGCCGACAAGGGCGCCCUGGCGGCGCAGAUCGCCGCGGCCGCCGAGGCGAAGGACCGCGAGUGGCGCGGCCUCGAGCGGCUUUUAGCCGACGGCGGCGACCUCGAGCGCUUCGACGGCGCGGGCGCCGCGACGAAGUUCCAGAUCCUGGCCCACCUCUGCACGUCCCUCCGCGACGAGAACGCCGCGCUCCGGCGCGCCGACGAGGACCGCGCGGCCGCGGAGCGGAAAUUGGGCGACGCCGAGGCGCGGCACGCGCACCUCCAGCGCGCGCACACGGCCCAGAGCGCCUUCAUCCAGAAGCUCCAGGCGGACCGCGCCAAGGUCGACGCCUACAAGACGACCAUCGCCAUGCAGGAGCAGGUCAUCGCCAAGCUCGAGCACGUCGUCACGGCGAAGCUCAAGGAGAUCGUCGACCGGCGCCAGGCCGAGCUCGCGCUCAAGCGCGACGAGCCGCCGGUGGUCGCGCCGGACCCGGCGACGGAGCGGAAGCUCGCGGCGGCCCUCGACGAGAAGCGCGGCCUCGAGUUCCUCGUCGAGGCCAAGGACCAGCGCGUCAAGGUCCUCGAGGACCAGCUCCUCGUCAAGGCGUCCGAGGCCGCCCAGGAGAUCGCCAAGCUCAACCUCAAGAUCUUCGAGCUCGAGGGCAGCCUCUUCGAGUCGGAGUCGGAGAUCCACGCGGCGCACAGCAUCAUCGCGGCGGCGAAGCAGGCGAAGCGCGAGCUCGACGCGACGCGCAAGGCCCACGACGUGGCCAUGAAGGACAUCGAGACCAUGCGCGCCGCCAUCGCCGACGACGGCUACCAGGUCGGCGCCCUCGAGGCCGAGGUGGACCUGGCCGCGGGCGAGGGUCUCGGCGCCAUCGCCGACUACAGCAAGCUCGUCGUCUUCAUGCAGCGCUGCGACGACGGCGCGUGCCUCGACCGCGCGCUCGACAGCACGGAGGCGCAGCUCACGGCGCUGCUGAGCGCGACGGCGACGCCCCACGCCGAGGCGUUGGAGGCGCGCGUCGCGAAGCUCGUCGGCGAGGCCGCGCGCCUCGCGGCGGCGCUCGAGCGGUCGUCGCGCGACUACGCGGCGCUCGAGGAGCGGAGCGACGCGGAGAUCUACCGCCUCCACGGCGAGGUCGAGAAGCACGAGAGCGCGGAGAAGCGCAUGAAGGAGCGCGAGGACAAGCACAACUCGGAGCGCGACCGCGUCGACGCGGACAAGAAGCAGCUCGAGGACGAGGUCAAGGAGAUCCAGCAGCACCGGUCGUGGGAGUGCGACGUCGUGACGACGCACGACGAGCUGCCCGCGCGCAACGGCACCUACGUCAUCGCGCGGCUCUACGACCCGCCCAAGGGCCGGGGCAAGCUCUGGUGGGCCGUCGCGGAGGUCCUCGAGGUCCUCGAGGGCGACGGCGCGGCGCCCGACUCCCUGUUGGAGGUCCGCCUCUUCACGGACUACAUCAAGCACGUGUCCAACUACGCCGUCAACGGCGCCUUCGACCGCGACAUGUCGGCCGCGGGCCUCGUCACGCUCCGGCGCGACGAGAUCGCCUACGUGGACCUCAAGCUCUCCGGCGCGGGCGACCCGUCCGCGGGCCGCGACGGCCCGAGCUCGCGCAAAGCCGGCGCGCUCCUCCCGCCGGCCAACGCCACGGACGACGCCGGCGACGAGGACAAGGACCCGCGGGGCGCGCGGAAGAAGAUCGAGCGGCCCGAGAGCGACAAGGACAAGGAGGACAAGGCCAAGGCCAUGUCGCGCAAAAAGGGCACGCGCAUCUCCGAGCUCGAGAAGCGGGGCGUCGUCGCGCGGCUCAAGGCCGACGAGGCCGCCUGGGAGCGGCGCGACGUCCACCGCAAGCACGAGACCAAGGCCGUCGAGGUCGGCAAGUACGUGCUCUGGCAGUACGCGCCCGCGGGGAAGCCCGCGGAGCUCUGGUUUCGUUUAGGGCGCAUCAAGCGCGUCGACGGCGACCCGCUCAAGGACGACAAGGACGGCAAGAACACGAACCCGGACGCGAGCCUCCUGUUGCAGGCCAUGGACCCGCCCCUCCGCUACCCGCUCAACGAGUCGCGCCUCAAGGACAAGUUCCGCGUGCGGGGCGAGGUCGACGACCCGCGCGAGGCCAUCGACGACGCGCGGAAGACGGCCGAGUCCAAGAAGAAGCGGGACCUGAAGAAGCGCAAGGAGAAGGGCGAGAAGAUCAGCGACGAGGAGCAGAACGCGACGGCCUUCGACGAGGCCGAGUUCAACCGGACCUUCUUCAACGCGACGCUGGAGCCCUGGGACGCGGACGCCGGCGGCCUCGAGCUCGUCCCGGGCAACGCGUCGCUCGUCGUCGUCCACCGCAGCGCCCUCGCCUACGUCGACGUCGACGUCUCCGAGAGCCGGGGCAACAACCGGGGCCGCGUGCCGACCUACACGCUCAAGUCGUCCAUGAAGAGCGACACCGAGGACGUGCUCAUGGCGUCCAUGGGCAAGUGGUGGCACGCGCUCGCGGACGAGUGGAAGCGGAGCGCCGCCUGCGUCCCCGGCGCCGGCGCCGGCGACGACGACGCGGGCGCGCCGAAGAAGGGCCCCACGGACAAGUACAAGGCGCCCAAGCCACCGACGUACGGCGACGAGUACCGCGCCGCGUCGAACGCGACGAACGCGACGGCCGCCGCCAACGGCACGGCGCCCGCGCCCGACGCCGUCGCCGCGGCCAUCGCGAAGGAGUACCUCGACCGGUUGCGGACCAGGGCCGAGGUGCUCGAGAGCGUCGACGCGCGGCUCGAGGCCCUCGAGAAGAAGCUCGCGUGGGUCGACGACGCGAAGCACCGGAGCCGCGCCGUGCUCGCCCGCGUGCCCGGCGACCUCGGCGGCCUCGCCGCGGACGCCGCGGAGGGCGUGCGGCUCGACCUCGUCGGCGGCCCGCCCGCCGAGGCCUUCGCCGCCGCGCGCGCCGUCUUCCGCGCCGCGGCCGAAGGCCCGCGCUUCGCCGGCGGCGUCGCCGCGCGGUUCCGCGCGCUCGGCGGCUCCGCGCCGCUCGCGUGCACGGCGGCCGCGUACCGCGCGGGCGGCGGCAUGGCGGCGCACGUCGACGCCGGCGGCUGCAAGCCGCUCUGCGUGCUGAACCUGGGCCUGGCCUGCGACUUCGGCGCGGCCGCGGCGACGGCGCGCCUCGCGCCCGGCGACGGCGCGGCGCUCGACGCCGCGGCGACGCUCCACUCCGUCGCCGUGCCCGCGGACGCCGGCGCGGGCGCGCGCGUGUCCCUCAUGUUCUACGCGGCCCCGGCGCCGCGCGCGAGGGACGACGACUUCGGCGACGUCCCCGACGGCGCCGCGGCGCUCUUCGGCGGCGACGGCGACGGCGACGGCGACGGCGACGACGCCUCCGACGGCGGCGGCCGCCGCGACGGCGACGGCGACGGCGGCGACGGCGGCGGCGGCAGCGGCGGCGACGACGCCUCCGACCCCUCCGACGGCGCCGACGCCUCCACCGACGGAAAGGGUGCCGACGCGUCCGACGACGGCCGCGUUGACCCCUCCGCCGACCCCUCCGACGCCUCCGCCGACCCCUCCGACGGCGACUACCGCGUGCUCCUCUUCUACGCGUACUGUCGCUGGCGCGACCGGCGCGCGUUCCGCGACGCGCAGGCGGCGCUCUGCGAGCGCCUCGGCCUCGCGGGCCGGCUCCGCGUCGCGGUCGACGGCCUCAACGGCACGCUCGGCGGAUCCGAGCGCGCGCUCGAGGCCUACGUCGCCGCGACGACGGCCGCGGGCCGGAGCGCCGUCGACGGCGGGUCGCUCGACGGCGUCGACUGGAAGUGGGGCGAGGCCCGCGGCGACGCGCCCGUCGCGGGCCAGCGGCUCCGGGGUCUGCGCGUCGCGCUCGCCAAGGAGGUCGUGUCGCUGAGCUCGUGCGGCGCCGUGGACCUCGCGCGCGACGCCGCGCGGCACGUCUCCCCCGGCGAGUUCCACGAGCUACUGCGCGCGGGCGCGGCGCGGGAGCGGGCCGUCGUCCUCUUCGACGCGCGCAACGUCUACGAGCGGCGCGUCGGCCUGUUCCGCGCGCCGGGCGUCGCGGACGCGUCGCUGCCCCUGCGCCAGUUCGGCGACCUGCCGCGCGCGCUCCGGGAAGACCGCAAGGCGCUCCCGACGGGCGCGACGGUGCUCAUGUACUGCACGGGCGGCGUGCGCUGCGAGCAGGCGAGCCGCGCGCUCGCCGCCGCGUACGGCCGCGACGACCUCGACGUCGUCCAGCUCGCGGGCGGCAUCCACCGCUACCACGAGCGCUUCGGCGCGACGGGCUUCUUCGCGGGGAAGAACUUCGUCUUCGACGGCCGCAUGGCCGUGGCGCCGGGGGAACCGGAGGUCGUCGGCGCGUGCGCGACGUGCGGCGCGGCGCACGACGACUACGCGACCGCGCGCGCGCGCUGCGGCACCUGCCGCAUGCGCGUGCUCCAGUGCGCCGCGUGCGCGGGCGCCGCCGUGGCCUGCGAGCUCUGCGCCGCCUAG